AUUCGAGUGGGUAAAGCAACAGCUUCCACCGAACUAAUUCCCAACCUUACCUUUAAACCGACGUUCCUCCCACAAAACCGACAAAAUCCCUAAAUCGGGAAAAAUCUCCUCUCCGCCGUGAACGACCGGAGACUUUUCGUGGAUGGGCCAAUCAACAUCCGCCGCCGGAAAUUCAAUCCUCAAUCGACGGAGAACCAAAACGUUUUCUUCCAAAUUUCCAAUCGAACCUGACAAAUCUGAGGUUUUAUUUGAUUACUCAUCGUCUUUACCCGACGAGUGCUUGGCGUUAGUGUUCCAGUUUCUAAACUCCGGUAACCGGAAAAGAUGUGCUCUCGUUUGUCGACGGUGGAAGAUCGUCGAAGGACAGAAUCGUUACCGUCUCUCUCUCCACGCACGCGCGGAUCUGAUCACUUCGAUCCCUUCCCUCUUCUCUCGAUUCGAUUCCGUUACGAAGCUUUCGUUGAAAUGCGACCGUAGAUCUGUGAGCAUCGGCGACGAAGCGCUAGUUAAGAUCUCUCUCCGGUGUCGGAAUCUGAAGAGGCUCAAGCUUAGAGCUUGCCGUGAGCUAACUGACGCAGGUAUGGCUGGUUUCGCUGAGAAUUGCAAGGAUUUGAAGAUAUUCUCUUGUGGAUCUUGUGAUUUCGGAGCUAAAGGUGUGAAAGCCGUGCUUGAUCAUUGCUCUUCUCUCGAGGAGUUAUCGGUCAAGCGUCUCCGUGGAUUCACCGACUUAGAUCCGGAAUCGAUGGGGCCUGGCGCGGCGGCUUCUUCUCUUAAGUCGAUUUGCUUGAAGGAGCUUUUCAACGGCCAAUGCUUCGGUCCGGUGAUCGUCGGCGCGAAGAAUCUCAGAUCUUUGAAGCUUUUUCGAUGUUCCGGUGACUGGGACAAGCUUCUUCAAGAAAUGGCGGUUAAGGAUCAUGGUAUAGUGGAAAUACAUCUUGAACGUAUGCAAGUGAGUGAUCUAGCUUUAUCUGCGAUCUCUAAUUGCUCAAGCCUCGAGAUUUUGCACCUUGUGAAGACACCUGAAUGCACGAACUUGGGAUUAACCGCGAUUGCAGAGAAAUGUAAGCGUUUGCGAAAGCUUCACAUCGAUGGAUGUAGAGCGAACUUGAUCGGAGACGAAGGGCUAGUUGCGGUGGCUAAGUUCUGCUCCAAGUUACAGGAACUGGUGCUCAUAGGAGUGAAUCCAACGUCGCUGAGUAUAGGAAUGUUGGCUGCGAAAUGUCAGGAUCUUGAAAGAUUGGCACUUUGUGGUUGCGAUACGUUUGGUGAUCCUGAGCUUUCUUGCAUCGCUGCGAAAUGUCCGAGUUUGAGGAAACUGUGUAUCAAGAACUGUCCUAUCUCCGAUCUUGGGAUCGAGAAUCUUGCGAAUGGUUGCCCCGGUUUAACCAAAGUGAAGAUUAAGAAGUGUAGAGGAGUGUUGGUCGGUUGUGCAGACUGGUUAAGAACGGUUAGGCCUACGCUUUUGGUGAACGCAGACACCGUAGAACCAGAGAAUCUUACAGAAGAGGCAAGCAAUGAUGAUGAUGUUGAAGUAGGCUUGCAAGAACACGGAGUCCAGUUCCCUCGUUUGAUCAACAGCUCAGAACCAAGCAUUGCGUCUGGUAGUAGAAGCCGCUCAGGGUAUUUCAGUUCACGAGUUGGAUUGUUUAGUUUGAUGAGCCUAGUAGCUUGCACUUCGAGAAAACGGGCAAGCAGUUGAUUAGUUAGUUACUUGAUCAUGUUGUUUCUUCACAAAUGAAAUUGUAUAUAUAUUUGGUUAGUUGAUUGUUUGUUGAU